AUGUAUGGUAUAAUACAUAAUGCAUCAAUUGAAAUUCCUUUUGACAUGCCUGAUAAUCUUACUGAUAAAUUACAAGUUCAACAUUGUGAUCAAUGUCUUUGUAAAGCAUUUAAUAAUCCUGAUGUAGUUUUAUUAACAUGUACUGAAAGUGAAUCAAAGAAGUUUACUUGUCAAUUUUAUUAUUUUAUGCCUACAAAAGAUGAUAUUAGAUAUCCAAAAUAUGAUACAAAUAUAUAUUUAAUACAAAAUAAAACAUUUAAAGAAAAAGAUGAUUGUUGCAAUACAACAUAUCUUAUUGAAAAAAUUAAUGCAGCAUUAGAUACUAAAAAAGCCGUUUUCAAUCAACCCUUACGUUUCCUUGUUCGUGGUGAUAAUAAUACGAUAGUUUCAACAUCUAUAAACAAGUUAAUUAAAUUUAAUACAUUAACCCUUACAAUAAUCAAUGAAUUGAAUAUUCCAGAGUCUAAAACUGUUGGUUAUUGUGAUGGAUAUUAUUAUCUUGGUAAAGACAAAACAAUACAUGUUUAUGAUAAAACAUUAACUUUAAACAUAACAAGCUUUUCAGUUGGAAAUGUUUUAACACCAAUUCGUUGUCUUCCUAAUAAUACACAGAUGCUUAUAGGUACCACAUCAGAAGCUUAUAUUUGUGAAAAGCAACAAGAAGUUUUUAAUAGUUGUAUAAAUAUUACAGCAAUAUCUGCUAUUCAGCAACAAAUACAUGCUUUUGGUAUUGUUAAUGACAGUGCAUUUUAUACUGGUUGGGAUGCAAAAAAUCAGAAUAUUCGUUUAUAUACGAAAGAUCAGAAUAAUCUAUGGAUAGAAAGUGAUGGUAUUAAUCAAACUGAUAAAAUAUCAGAUAUUGUUAUUGAUGAUUGUAAACGGAUAUGGGCAGUUCUAGCAGAAACGAGGACAAUAAUUAUCUAUGAUCAAAAUAAAACUCAUUACCACAAUAUUACAUUUAAUCAAACGGUAUUUAAUUCAAAUAUAUUUAAUCUUUUCAUUCUUGACAAUUAUGCAUUUGUUACGUCGCAUGAAUCUACGCCUGGUUUGAAUCUUAUUCAACCAUCUCUAAACUGUCGAAUAAUACGUUAA